UACGCAUCAAAAGUGGAAAAGGGAGCAACGCCUGGCGAAUGGAGAGCCUGGGGAAGCGGGUAUUGCUUACCUUGUGCAGGGACGAGAUUUCACAGAGCAUCGCCUUCCACUUAGCGAAGCGAGGAUGCAGGUUGGCUCUGUUGGGAGACGAGGCCUGCCUCCGCAGUAUUGCCGAUCGAAUCUUGGGUUCCCUAAAGGGUGUUGAGCCCGUCGAGGUGAUCGGACUGGAUAUGGAGCAAGAUAGCGAGGCCGUAUUUUGUGAAGCCGUUGACAAGGGCUGCGAUGCCCUGGGACAUCUGGAUGCUUUUGUAAAUUGCUUUGCUUACGAAGGAAACAUGCAAGAACAUCUAGAAUUAAAGGAGCACGAAUUCAAGAAAAUAGUGAAGAUAAAUUUUAUGGCUGCAUCGUUUUUGUUGAAGGCUGUGAGUCUGAGGAUGAGAGACUUUAAGAAAGGGGGAUCCAUAAUAUUCUUAACAACAAUAAUCGGUGCUGGAAGAGGGCUUUAUCCAGGAGCCGCUGCGUAUGCCUCAACCUUGGCAGGAGUGCAGCAGUUGGUUAGGGCGUCAGCUAUGGAGUUGGGGAAGUACCAGAUCAGAGUCAAUGCGAUUGCACGUGGCUUGCAUGUGCUGGAUCAGUUCCCAUUACAUGUAGGAAGGGAAAGGACAGAGAAGUUGGUGACGGAAGCAGUGCCUCUGGGUAGAUGGCUUGAUGUUAAGAAAGACUUGGCUUCCACAAUCGUCUAUCUAAUCAGUGACGGUUCAAGCUUUAUGACAGGAACCACCAUUUUCGUUGAUGGGGCACAGUCUCUGUCUAGGCCUCGAAUGCGUUCCUUCAUGUAAUUCCUUCCAUGUAUCUCUCACAUUAUUUGAACAGAAGUUUCACGAGUUUCAUUCCUUUGUCAUCCUUUGUUAUUUUGAAGGAAGAGGGGGUGAAUAACAAGUGUUCGUGUUUGGCAGCGCAAUACCAUAGGGGAAACUUUUAUUUUCGUCUGAUUAGUGGCAGAAGAAUGAUUUAAAACAAAA